UCUGUCUCAAAUUCUCAGUUCACUUAACCAAAUGUAUCCUCCUAGGGUUUAGGGUUUAGGGUUUAUGGUCGAGCAACUCAUUUUGGGAGCGAAACCCCCAAAUCAAGCUGAAGGCAAGUCGAUUGGAUGCGGUGGCCGAUCCCGACUGCGAUCUCCUCGACGGCUAAGGCGUUUCUUCACCGACAGUUCUUCCUGAAGAACGGUAUCCCUCCUUCGAUUCGACUCUGCAAGCUCCGAGCUUUCUGUAGUUCUGUUGACUAUCGAGAGAUACUGAGAAGUGGGCUUGACGGUAUCGAGCACGAUGAAGCUGUGUACUUGUUCAAAUACAUGGCUGAGUCUCGUCCCCUCCCUCACAUCAUCGAGUUCAACAAAGUGCUGACUGCUAUCGCCAAGAUGCAUAGCUACGAUACUGUGAUCAGGCUCUGGAGUAUUGUGGAGAAGGAAGAGGAUAUAGAGAUAUCGCCUGAUAUCUACACCUGCAACAUCUUAGUGAAGUGUUUCUGCUCUUGUUAUCAGCCUUGUCUUGCUUUGUCUUUUCUUGGGAAGAUGAUGAAGCUUGGUGUUGAGCCGGACGUGGUUACGGAUAGCUUGUUGGUUAGUGGGUUUUGUAGGAUCAAUAGAAAUUACGAGGCUUUGUAUGUGGUUGAGCAGAUGAAGAAGAUGGGCGUUGCCCCUAAUGUUGUAGUCUACACUGUUCUUAUUGAUGGUCUCUGUAGGAGCGGGUUUUUGAAUGAAGCGGUUAAGCGAUUUGGUUGGAUGGAGAAGGAAGGAGUUACUCCGAAUGUGUUUACCUACACCUCUCUCAUUAGUGGUCUUUGUAACGCCUGUAAGUUGAGUGAAGCCUCUCACCUACUUCGCGAGAUGAUCUCCAGGAAUAUCGAUCCUAAUGUAGUCACUUUCACUGUACUAAUCGAUGCGUAUGUGAAAGCUGGGAAGUUUUCGAAAUUUAAGGAGCUGUCCCAGGAGAUGAUUAAGAUGUCUAUAGAUCCUAAUGUUUUCACUUACACUUCAGUGAUCAAUGGGUUGUGCAUGCACAAUCAUGUAGAUAUCGCCGUAGAAGCUUAUAAAGACAUGCUAAGCAAUGGGUGCGCCCCAAAUGUGUUGACUUACUCUACUCUUGCAAAUGGAUUUUUCAAGUCGAACAUGUUCAAGAAAGGGAUUGAACUUUUCCAAGAGAUGUCUGACAGAGGAGUUGCUGAAAACAUAGUCUCUCGCAACACCCUUAUCCAAGGGUGUUUUCAAGCUGGCAAAAUCAGUGCUGCCGAACAACUCUUGGAAAAAAUGCCUGCUCAUGGUCUGUCUCCAAAUAUUAGGAGUUAUAACAUUGUGUUAGCUGGUCUGUUUUCUUAUGGGAAGGUAAAGCUAGCAAUGGGUAAAUAUGAAGAUAUGCAAAAGACUAGAAACGAUCUUGACAUUGUUACAUAUACCAUCAUGAUCCAUGGGAUGUGCAAGGAUGGUAAGGCGGAUGAAGCAUAUAAGUUGUUCUGUAGCCUCAGCAGCUACGGAGUGGAGCCUGAUGAUAAAGCAUACACGGCAAUGAUCUCAGGGUUGAAGAAGAACGGCAUGCUGGCUAGAGCGCAUGCACUGACAAGGAUUUACCAGAAAUACAAGCGGAACAGAGGAAGUAUAUAGGGGUUUUCUCAUGAGACGCAUUUACGGACUCCUAGCUCCUUAGGAUACCUCUGUGCAAGCUCCUUUCAAUGGUAUGUCUGCUCCUGGAAAGAGCAACACAUAUCUGUUGCCGAAGCAAGUGUAGCCAGAGAUUUGAAAAGGCAAGUUGAAGGAUGAGCUGAACAGAAUCCAGCUGGUGUUUUCAAAUCCAUACAACAUUGGUCUUUGAAAACAUAAAGAAUCCUAACGCAUUCGGUUUCCAAACUGUAACGGGAUACUAUACUAGGAGAUGGCCUACUUGGGAGAUAGAAUUGAAGCAUCUCACAUGUUUCAGAUGCAAGCAAAUAUGUAUUUUGGGACUCAACAUAUCAAGUCAUACCACAAACUAAUUGCUUUACAUCAAACAUUCUUUCUUCUACUAACUUUUUUUUCUGCGUUCUCACAAUUUUGUAGCUUGUUGUACCAAUGAUCAGUCAGUCAGGUUGCUUGGUCUAAUUAUAACCAUGCUUCCAGAAUGUUGUAAAAGAACCAUUUUCUUUUAUCAAUAUAUGUUUGUGUAAGUAGUUAA